CAAAAAUUAUAAAAAAUUAAAACAUUUAAAAAUAUAUAUAAUAUUAAAGUUAUUGGUUUUGAAAUAAUACACGUUUUGUGUAUUUUAACCUAAUUUUUAUUGUAUCAUUUUUCUUUUUUAAUUCAUGAAACAUUCUUAUAUCUAAAUAUUUGAAGAUAACUAAAUUUGUUAAUUGGUCCCUAGGAAAUGGAUGUUUUUUUUUGUGGUUUACACUAAAUAAACUACUUUUAAAAACUCGCUCUACUUCUAAACAAAUGUUCAUACUCUCUCACUAGACUUGGACAGGCCUCCACGAUCCUUUUGUUCAAGCAGUUGUGAAUGUGAAGCUAAAGUGUUGGUAGUAGUAAAAAAGCAUUUUAAUAAUCACAGUAUCGUAUUUUACCAAGAUGACUAAUUAUUCAUUAAUUGAAAUUAAAUUGCGUCGAUUUAUAUACUUGGGAGAAAAAACUUCAAUUUAUGUUCCUCCAACUCAUCAAAAACAAUUCUGGAAAAAUAAAAAUAGACAAGAUAACAAAAUUAUUGGUUUAAAUUUGAUUGGAGAUAUAAUUAAAAAAAAUAAAACUGAAGAUAUUAAUUCAAUUGUUCCAAUAAUCUCAAAGAUAGCAAAAGAAAAAAAAGUUCAAAAUUAUGAGCAUUUAAUAUAUCUAUUGGCUGUAUGUGCAAAGUUUAAUCGGAAAAAUUGUCAAAAAAUGAUAACUGAUGCUUAUGCAAUGGUUAAAACCAUUUGUAUGGAUGGAUUAACAUUGUUGAUGUUCUAUAAAUUUUGUAGUACUGCUGCUAAGCUCCUCUAUGAAAACGGAUAUAUACCUACAAAAUCUUCUGGUAUUGGUCAAGGCAUUCGAAAGGUAAUUCAAAAUUGGUAUCUCAGUAGAGAACCUCUUGAGACAAUUAAAGCUAUAAUGAAACAUAAGACUUAUCGUGGUGUUAGUCAUAAACAAAUUAUGAACACAAUUCAUCUCCGUUCUGAUGACCCAAGUCAUGGAAUUUACAUCUCUUAUAUAUUACAUGGUAUAGAAAGAAUAAAAAAAGUAUUUGAACAAAAAUUGGUAAUAGAAGAUAAUGACAGCCAGGAGCAAAAAUUAUCAAAAACAUUACAACUAUGUGUUUUCAACUAUAUUAAAAGAGUACAUCGUAUACAUAAUUCAACAAAUAAUAAAUUGACAAAUGAUUUGAAAUGGAAUUUAAAUGUGGGAAAAGAUUAUGAAAUUGUAGUUUCAAAAAUGCUCGAGAGUCCACAAGUUUUAACUACUUUUGUUAAGCAAUUAUCACCGAGAACAUUACUAGAUAAUACUUACUCCUUUUCUCAACAUUGCUUAUUUCAAAAUUUAAUGGGCAAUGAAGGCUGUAUAGAAUUUAUAUUGCGUUUCAAUAAUUAUAAAGCAUUACAAGAAUCUGAAAUACAUCCAAUAGAAUCAUAUUUAGAAUAUUUAAGAUAUGUAAGAUCUGGCCCUGUUAUUUAUGCUAUAAAACAAAAAAAGGAGGAUUCCCAAAAAAAUAAGUUAUUUGACACUAAUGGACAAGGGUGUUCUAAUAAUAUUGGGUUAGUAACAAAAGACUAUGAAAAAUGGAUUCAAUUUACCGAAACUGAAAAAGGUCAAAGGUUAUUCUGUAAAACUCACAUUUAUUUCAUGAAGCCGAUUCCAACUCCUUCAUCACAACUAUCACAAUUUUUAUCAACUGAUUUAGUGAAAAUGACUUUAAAUAACUUAAAUCCAUCAGAUCGCAGGUUAUUAAUAGCUUAUGACAGUCGAAUACAUUAUAUGAAUACAGUUAAUUGUUAUUAUAUGCAUGUGAAAUUUCUCAAAGUUUUUGAAGCCAUCACGUUGAUAAUACAAUCAAUAGUUUACCAAAAUCGAUUAAAAGCAAACAACAAACCUACUAUAUGUGCUUUAAACAGUUCACUUAAAUUCAGAACAGUUUAUGUUGACCAUGAACAAGCAUCGACAAUAACGUCCUUAGAAAAUCAUUUGUUCGGACCGUCCAAAAAAAAAAAAAAUAAUAAUGCUCGUGUUCGAAAUAUCAAGCCAUUAAGUACUCUCAAUUGGUCUAAGGAUCGUAACCAAAUGUAUGAUGUGUUUCUGUUUAUGGGAACUCAUAAAAUGGAUUUAAAAAGUAUAAGAAAAGCUAAGGCAAACUAUGAAGCAUAUUUUUCAAAUUCAAAAAUUAAGAUUAUUGUUUGUUGUUUAAAUGGAAACCAUGUUGAACGAGUGAAUCUUAGUCGUGAUGGUUUGUUGUUUAUAUCUGGUUUUGAUAAAAAUGUUGGAAAAAUUAUUGAAUUAUUUAUAAAUAAUAAUUUUUAAAUACUCAUGUAAAUUUUAUUAUACCUCUUAUAGGACUCUUAUAGUUAAUGGACUUGAAUAAUUGUUCCAUAGUAAGUCCAGUAUUUGAAUAAAAGCAUUAUAAUUCAUAUGAAUUUUUAAAAUAUCUACUUGUAUGUUUGAAACUAAAUAUUUUUUUUUUAUUAACCAGACUUCAUGUAUCCUAACUUUUAGUAUUACAAUUCUAUAGUAUGUACCUGUGUGUACCUUUGUACCUAUAUAAAUUAUACUUCGAACCAUAUAAAAAUUACAUAAUGUAGAACUCCGAUUAUCCAAACGCCUAUCAACCGGACGAGAAAAAAGAUUAAAAGCAGCAUGCACAUAAGGUUAGGUAUUGUAUAAAAUAAACAAUGGGUCAAGUCGGCUAUUUCUUUUUUUUCUUUUAAAAUAUAUUAUUGUAAUUAUAGAUUAUUCUUUUUCAGUUAAAUAUUAUAAUAACAAUUUUUGUUUAUGCACAAUAUAUUCAUACAAUUAUACAAUUCUUGAUAUUUCACAUUUCAAUCAACCAGAUAUUUACUUAUUCGAACCGGGCAAGACCCUGUUCGUCCAAAAAUGACCCUUCGCUUUUUGCCCACGUCUCUUUUCGCCCAAAUAUUUUAAAACUACUUUCCCUUUUCGCCCAAGAAUAUUAUAUAGCACUUUCCGACCAAAUUUUUAUAAUACACACUUUGGAAACACUUACUUAAAAUUAUUUAUAUCUAACAUAAUAAUAAAUUUGUUAUAUUUAAAUUAUUUAUUUGUGUUAAUUAGUUUUAUGAAGCCAUUUAGCAUUACCCAGAGAGUACUACGAGGAGGCGGCUUCUAUCACUCUCCAAAAAUGUAUUGUGUUUUUGUACAUUAAUAUAAUUUUUAUAUAAUACAAGAGUAAGUUUUUAUCAAAAGUAUAAAUCGUCAACAUUUUGAUAGUAUAAUAUUAAAUAGAAUUUAAAUAUAGAGUUUAAUAUAAUAUUUUUGUCGAAAAACGCACUGGAACACUUCGAUUCGAAUGUGAACGAAACUGCACAUGUUCUUAAGGCUAGUGUAUAAUUAUUAUCUUCUUAUCUUUGUAAAAUAAUAAAUAGACUACACUGAGAUCAAUAUAUCUACACGGCGGACCAUUGUAGAAAUUAUAUACUUAUAGUUUCCAAAUAUUAUAAAGAUAAGAUUAAGAUAUUAAGCGGUCGUUUGUACAUAUACGAGUAUGUUAGACAUAAAUAAUCAAUGUCAUUGAACUAUUCUAUUUAAUACUAUAUUAACAUUAUUUUGACUUUUUAUACUUUUGAUAAAAACUUCCUUAUAUUUUUGGAGAGUAAGAGUAGCCGCCUCCUCGUGGUACCCUCUGGGUAUAAAUAGCUUUAAAAAACUAAUUAACACAAAUAAAUAAUUUAAAUAUGACAAAUUUAUUAUUAUGUUGAAUACUAAGAUAGUUAAAUAUAAAUAAUUUAAAGUAAGUGUGUCUUAAAGUGUGUAUUAUAAAAAUUUGGUCGAAAAGUGCAAUUAAAUAUUCUUGGGCGAAAAGCGAAGGGUCAUUUUUGGGCGAAAAGAGUAGCCCAUUCGAAACACCCUUGACAUUAAUUAAUCUGGAUUCUGGAUAAUCGGGGUUCUACUGCAUUAGUUUUAACUUUAAAACUCUUGCUUGUUUAUUGUUUUUUUUUGAUUCAUUAAAAAUAUAAUAUUCUUACAUCAAAUAA